AAGGGGCUGUUUGUUUCAGCCUCUUAAUGGUUCAGAUGUCUGAAUGGUUCAGCACUUAAUGGUUCAGACUGUUUGUUUCAGCCUCUUAAUGGUUCAGAUGUCUGAAUGGUUAAGAGAUUUGCCUCUGAAUGGUUAAGUAUUAUACAGAGUCUGAAUGGUUAAGACCUCUUAUCUGAAUUGAUCAGACAUUUGCCUCUGAAUAGUUAAGCAAUAUACUAGCUCUUAAUAGUUCAGACCUCUUACUAGUUCAGACCUCUUACUUGUUCGGCACUUACCGAUUCAGAAGUUGCCAAACAGCCCCUAAGUUUAUGGGAAAGAGCAAGUAUCUUUUCAUUUCUCUAAAUUUAAAAAUAUAAGAAUAGAGCAACAAAUGGUGAUGCCCAGACACCGGGACUCGAAUCUGCAGAAGGAACUGAACCGUUACAUCCCCACAGCAGCUGCAUUUGGAGGAAUGUCGUGCAUCGGCGCAUUGACUGUGUUGGCGGACAUGAUGGGCGCCAUCGGCUCGGGAACCGGUAUUCUUCUUGCUGUCACAAUCAUCUAUCAGUAUUUUGAGACAUUUGAGAAGGAGAAAGCCACUGAGCUUGGCUUCUUGGGCUUGUGAUUCUCACCUUCUGUUUUCCAUGUCCCAAGUUGAUCUUUGGUGUGUAAUUUUUGUUUGUAUUUUUACCUUAUUUUGUAGCAUGUGCAAGUGCCAUUUCUAUACAUUGGGUUUGUUACUGGUGUAUUAUGUGUUGUGCUCUUAGUUUCUUUGCUGGUUUUUAAAAAAUCAAUCUCUCUACUGUUAUCAAAAAAAGAAUUAAUGUAGAUAUAUGAAGUGUUUAUAAUUCAUUCAAUUUUGAUGUAUAACAAUGGGCUAAAGAGAGUGAAUGGAAGAAAUGCUUUUUUAUUUU